UGCGGUUGUCACCCCGUCGGAUCACUCAGCAAGAGUUGUAAUCAAGUGUCAGGGCAAUGCGUAUGCAAACUGGGAGUGACUGGACUGACCUGUAAUAGGUGUGCAAAGGGCUAUCAACAGAGCAGAUCUACUGUCACACCAUGCAUCAGAGAAUGUCCGAAAUGUAGGAUUGUCGCCAAAAAACUCAAUCAAAAGAAGUACUGCAAACGAGAUUACGUUUACCAAAUACUUGUUACUGGCAAAGAAAUGGUCGACACCUGGGCUAGAUAUCGUGUGGUCAUCGAGACCAUUUACAAAAGAGGAAUUCAUGGACAUCGAGGCGAAACCUCGCUCUGGAUCUCACCCUACUCGAUCCAGUGCAAGUGCCCGAAGAUUCGCACUGGUCGUAGAUACGUCAUUCUUGAUUUUACCAAGUAA